CGGAGGAGAGUCUUGCCUCGCCAGGCCAGCCAAUCAGAGAGUGGAGUAAUCAAGUGACAUUCUCCCUUUUUCUUCCUGUCUGUCGGUUAUACGUCUGCUCCGCAAUGUCUGCAGCUCCGUGCUCGACCUCUGCCUCCGGGCCUGUUCCCGGCAUGUCGAUGUUUCGCUGGCUUGAAGUGCUGGAGAAAGAGUUUGAUAAGGCCUUUGUGGAUGUUGACUUGUUGCUAGGGGAGAUAGACCCGGACCAGGCAGAUAUCACAUAUGAGGGUCGACAGAAGAUGACCACCCUAAGCUCUUGUUUCGCACAACUUUGUCACAAAGCACAGACUGUCAGCCAGAUCAACCAUAAACUGGAGGCACAACUGGUGGACAUGAAGUCAGAGCUGACAGAAGUUCAAGCAGAGAAGGCAGUGUUGGAUAAGGAGGUUCAUGAGCAACUUCUGCAGCUGCAUGCUGUACAACUACAGCUGCACUCAAAGACAGGCCAGAGUGUUGACUCAGGAGCCAUCAAGGCUAAACUGUCUGUACCUUCUGUGGAGGCAAUGGAAAAAGAACUUGAGGCAAACAAAAAAGAAAAGGUGAAGGAAGCUCAGUUGGAAGCAGAAGUGAAAUUACUUCGUAAGGAAAAUGAAGCCCUUCGUAGGCACAUUGCAGUUCUGCAGGCAGAAGUGUAUGGGGCGCGACUGGCAGCCAAGUACCUAGAUAAGGAGCUGGCUGGAAGAGUCCAGCAGAUUCAGUUGCUUGGUAGAGACAUGAAGGGCCCUGCUCACGACAAAUUGUGGAAUCAGCUUGAGGCUGAAAUUCACUUGCAUCGGCACAAGACUGUUAUUCGAGCCUGUCGGGGGCGAAAUGAUCUGAAGCGUCCAUUGCCGGUACCUCCAGGACACCAGGACCCAGACUGCUUAAAAAAAAGCCAAGGAGUUGGCCCUAUCAGAAAAGUAAUUCUGGCUAAAGAAGAUCACGAAGGGCUUGGCAUAUCAAUCACGGGCGGGAAAGAGCACGGUGUUCCAAUACUUAUCUCCGAAAUCCACCCAGCACAGCCAGCAGACCGCUGUGGUGGACUGCAUGUUGGGGAUGCAAUUUUGGCAGUUAACGGAAUUAAUUUAAGGGAUGCCAAGCACAAAGAAGCUGUUACAAUUCUCUCUCAGCAGAGAGGGGAAAUUGAGUUUGAGGUUGUGUAUGUUGCCCCUGAAAUAGAUUCUGAUGAUGAAAAUGUAGAGUAUGAAGAUGAGAGUGGACAUCGUUAUCGUUUGUAUCUCGAUGAAUUAGAAGAGGCAGGUGCUAACCCAGGGGUUAGUACUAAAGAUGGAAGUGCAGAUACCAAACCACUGCAAGCAUUUGAACAGAAACUGCACAUUGAUGGAAAUGAAAACGGAGACCUAGAAACAGCCAGCGAAUCACUCUCAGGAGGAGACACUGCUUCCAAACUAGCAUAUUCCACUGAGUCCUUGUCAUAAAGUUUGCUUUGGGAGUCUUUUGGCAGAAGACAAGCAUAUUCCCUCUAGUGGAACAAGGCUGACGUGAGGACUAAUUACCCAGAAUCUGGGCGGCUGGUUACUGUUGCCGAACAUGUGGUUUCCUCAGGGUUUCACGGAGCAAUUUUAGUGUGAAAACGUCUCAUUUAUCACUAUGAGCCAUAGCCAUUGACCUAUUGCAUGUUUUUUUUAUAAUGUUUUUAAGCACCAAAGCAUGUGACUUUCCAAAUAUAACAUUUAAACCUGUCCGGCUUUUUUUCUGUAAGAGAUGGCUUGAUUUGCAAAGAAUAUCAAGCUUAAUAACCAGGAAAAAAACAUGUCUUUUCUAGUAGCAGCAGAAUGCCAUAUAAUAGACAAUUUUUAUGUUAAACUAUUUAAGUUAUGCUAUUUGCAUAUAUAUCUAAGCGAAGUGCCAGUCUGGCCCUGUCCAUUCAUUUAAUUGUGUCCAGAUUCAUGCACUAUAGGAAUAUUAGCAAUAUUCUUUUCUUUUUAAUGUGAAAUGUGCACUGUUUUGGAUGUAGGUUUCAUCUUCCAUUUAUUUUCCCUUAAUUAGGUGCUAUAGCAGGAGUACUACCAUUCCUUCUCAUAUUUGUAAAUGUUGGCACUCUGAUUGGCUUUGUUGACAGACAUUUGUAACCCUAGGGGCCCUGCUGUAGUUCAUGGUUGCCCAAGCAGAAAUGUGGGAGUUGCCACUAAUGCAUAAAAAGUAGGGGCGUGCACUUUACGUUCUACUUAAGGGCUAAAUAAUGGAAGACACUCCUUUUAAAAUAACAUGCUUUCCCACUUUUCUACUCUUGCAUAUGAGCAGACAGGCUAAGGAUCUAAAACGCACUGAUUUGUUCAUCGUUUGAGGUAUACAUAUCUUUUGUGUAUUAACCACCGAGAGCCCAUGCUUAUUGCUCACCUACAGGGGCGGUUGCCCAUAAAUGCUUUCUAUUUAGAAUGUAUUUAAAGUAAAUCUAUAUACAUCUGCAAUUGGUCUUUUUCAGGUUUGGUAUUUAUUUGCCUUUCUAUCCUGCCCCCAUACAACAUUACUAUAAGUGACUUUGUCUGUAAUAGGAUUGGCUAGUCAAACAGCAAGGUAGAUUUUUGUAUCACCUUUUUACCCUCUUGUGUUUUUUCCAGUUUGAUGUUACUAUAAUUGCAUAGUUGCUGUAUGCCAGUGGUGCUAGCAAACAGAAUGGGUUGAAAAAUCAAAACGGACUAAAUGCAGAUAGUUUUAGAUUCUUGCCAGUGUACUUAGAGGGAAUUUAGCAUCUAUAAAUAUCAACCAAAACUGGAACCUCUCUGCACCAAUAGGGUACUUUUUGUGAAAGCACAGCAGAGUAAUUGUUGCCACCCAGUGCAAUAUAUGUUGUCUAGAUAAAUCCAGCCCAAAGUGUAUUUCCAUAAGUACAUAGCAGAUAGUGCAGGGCACAUCUGUUACACUUUGUUCUUUUUUUUCCCCCUGUGCCGUAAGAGUGCGCUAUUGGUACUCCUGCCACCAUGUCAGGCCUGUUUACCAGACUGCAUUGCAAUUGUAGAUAAAGUGAACCAGUCCGUUAUAGUAAUGUCACAGCGGCUAUAUGGAGUGUGAUGUGAAACAGGUCUUUGGUCCUACCUACUGCACUAUAUAUAUAUAUAUAUAUAUAUAUAUUUGUAUAUGUACAUACUGUACUUGCUACUUUACUAUUUAUACAGUUAUUUUUUCUGUAAUGCCAUAAUUGUGGUGUUGGUCUGUUUUCUUCCUGUUUUAUACUGUCUAGAUUCAAUACACAGUGUAUGGCUAUUUGCAAAUCCACAUAUUCAUAACCGUAACUAUGAGUAUACCUAUGCACUGCAUUCAGUUGGCUUUUUUCUGCAUCUCUCCUAUGGGAACGAUACAGAAUAUUCAUUAUUUUUAAGGACAACCACUUAGCCUGGAGCACACAGUGAUUUUCAUUCAUUUUUUUUCUCACUGCUUUUCUUCAUAUUGCCCCCAAGGGUCACCUGUUGCUGGCAAUAAAUUAUCAGUAUGGGAGAUUUCAUGCAAUUUUAGCUUUAAAAUGCUCUAGGUUUUUGAGCAAGGUUCACCUUGUGGUAUUUUCACAUGCUUCUCCUUUCCAGCAGUGGGGGUAGGCUUUGGGGUGAUUAUUGACAAUGGAUUAGGAAAACGCACUAUAGUCCCAAGGGUCCCUUUAAGUGCUGGAGUGCCUUUGACUUUCCCCAGCAGAAAACUGGGCCACACUAGGUGGUAGAUUUAUGAUUGCUUAAGCCCUUGCAGGGUUUGGGGGGGGGGGUUUAAAUACCUUAACCCUGUGUGAGUUCCUCAACUCAUGAGGAUUGUCCUUAGCGUUGGGCAGUUAUAAAUCUGCCCCUAAUUGUAUUAAUUCUUUAAUUCUGGGUUAUUGCUUUUUGAUCUAUAUUACAUUUGCUUUUGUGGCUAAUUAAUAAUUAGAUCAUCAGCAAGCUGUUCCCUUUAUUUUGUUGACAUAGAAUCUACAUCAUUGGCAUGGGAUUGGUAUUUGCUUUAAGAUAACUUUCCCUGCAUGUUGUACCUUAUGCGAUCCAGUGAUGGGUAACCACUGAGCAUCAUCAAGGUUUUUCAGAAACCGUUUUUUUAGUACACAGUUCUACCCUUUAGCCCCCUAUGUAUUUAUAGAGGAGAAAGAAAAUCUGUGGCCUUCCUAGAAUCAAAACCUACUAUUUUCCACCACCUGGUUGUACAAACUGCUCAAACUGCUCACAUGCAAAACAUGGAGAUCUCUGUUAAUAUGGCAUGAGUUUACAACCUUGUGCUAGCCAAAGCAUCUUAGCUACAAGCCCUCCUUCAUUGCAUGGCACUGCACCCAUACAGGCCAGGCAGAAAUGAUUGAGACUUGGGAAUCUCAAAGCCUGUGACACAGCCCUUGAAUAAACAUCAUUAAAGAAAUCUAACUUCCACCAUCUUCCCAUGCAGCACUUCACAGGAUCUCCCAAAUAAUAAAUCGAUAAGGCCUCUCUUGUCCCAAAAGACAAGAAAAGUGAUAUGCCAGUUUGUAGGCACUGCUGUUAAAUGCAGUUGCUUACUUUUUAUCCCUGGCCAAAAUAUUUUCUGUAAAAACACACAACGGCUUGGGGUACAGCUGCAAGGAAUCCCUGGAAAAUCAAUAAAGAUGGAGGUGUGGUGCUCAGAGGAAGUAAGUGAUUAUAUACCUUACAUAUCGGCACCCCCAAUGCAUUUCUCGUUUCCUUUUUCUUAUCUCAUCUGUCAUCAAACAGAAGUAGAGAUUUCUUCCUUUCCUGUACUCACUUCAAGUUGAUGGUUUUCCUGUAGUCUGGAGAAUUGGAGGUGAAAUGACAUAUCUUUUUUUUAUUGGUUAUAAGGCAGAAUGGUAUGUGAAUAAAUGGUACUGUGUGUAUUUCAUGUGCUUAUGACUGCAAAAGUGAAUUCAGUUGAACAAGGAGGUCUGUUUUGAUGUUGACAGGAUCAGGAGCAGAAAGUCACGUGGGAAGUAUAAAGAUAUUGAAGGGGUCUUGUUACAGCAAUCCUGCCAUUCUAAUAAUUGUAUUUGCCAGUGUUAUGUACAAUUAUUCAGAUGCAUUAUUUAUUGUGUAUCCGGUCUCUAUAUUUUUCUGAUCUCCAUAUCCGAAUUGGCAUAUUUUGUACAGUUGUAAAUAAAUAAUCUUCUGGACAA